GGGAGUGGGCGGGGCCAGGGCUGAGGCGGAGCGGCAACGACGACGCCUCAGAGAGAGGGAGAGAGCGGCAGUCGCUGGUGCCUCGUCCGCCGGCCUUUCUCCGCCUCCUCCUUCCCUCCCGCGACGGUGGCAGCGGGUGAAGGAGCCGCUGGCGGGAGGCCGCCCGGAGCCCCGGCCUCACCUCCUCCUCCUCCUCCUUUGCCGCCGCCUGGGCAGGAUGGGAGCGCCAUGAGCCCCGAGCCGGAGCCGCCUCCUCCGCCUCCUCUUCCCCCUCUGCCAGGCGCAGGGCCGGAGGUGGUGGCCCUGACUGUGGCGGCGGCUGUGGUGGAGGGCGACGCGGCCAAGAAGUGCGGGAGCCGCAUCAUGCUGGUCCGGAGGAGGGUCGGCCUCAAGCCUGUCGGCUCGGCCGCUUCGCAAGGUAUUGGCCGACCAAGUGUGUACCAUGCGGUGAUUGUCAUCUUCCUUGAGUUCUUUGCUUGGGGGCUGCUCACAACACCCAUGCUCACAGUUUUACGUGAAACUUUUCCUCAGCAUACAUUUCUAAUGAAUGGCCUCAUCCAAGGAGUGAAGGGUUUUUUAUCCUUCAUGAGUGCUCCGCUUAUAGGUGCUCUCUCAGAUGUCUGGGGAAGAAAAUCAUUUCUUCUGGUUACUGUUUUCUUCACUUGUGUCCCAAUUCCAUUAAUGAAGAUAAGUCCAUGGUGGUAUUUUGCUAUGAUUUCGGUAUCUGGAAUUUUUGCUGUUACCUUCUCUGUAAUAUUUGCCUAUGUAGCAGACAUAACACAAGAACAUGAAAGAAGUACGGCAUAUGGACUGGUCUCUGCCACAUUUGCAGCAAGUUUGGUAACUAGCCCUGCCAUUGGAGCACACCUCUCUACCCUCUAUGGAGAUAAUUUGGUGGUAUUAAUUGCAACUGUUGUAGCUGUUGUAGAUAUCUGCUUCAUUCUGCUCGCUGUACCAGAAUCUCUACCUGAAAAAAUGAGACCACCUUCAUGGGGAGCCCUUAUAUCAUGGGAACAAGCAGAUCCUUUCGCAUCUUUGAGAAAAGUUGGGAAGGAUUCUACAAUCUUGCUGACUUGCAUAACUGUCUUUCUUUCGUAUCUACCUGAAGCUGGCCAGUAUUCUAGCUUUUUUCUGUACCUGAGACAAGUGAUAAAAUUUGAAUAUGCUAGCAUUGCAGCAUUCAUAGCAGUGAUUGGAAUUCUUUCCAUAGUUGCUCAGACUAUUUUUCUCAGUAUCCUGAUGAGAUCUAUAGGGAAUAAAAAUACAGUACUCCUUGGCCUUGGUUUUCAAAUGUUCCAGCUAGCCUGGUAUGGUUUUGGUUCUCAACCUUGGAUGAUGUGGGCAGCAGGAGCGGUAGCAUCCAUGUCGAGUAUUACAUUCCCAGCAAUCAGUGCUCUCGUGUCCCGAAAUGCAGACUCAGAUCAACAAGGAGUUGUGCAGGGAAUAAUAACUGGUAUCAGAGGCCUGUGCAAUGGUCUUGGCCCUGCUCUCUAUGGCUUUAUUUUUUUCCUUUUCCACGUGGAACUUAAUGAGUUGGCCCCUGUUCAAGAUAAAACGACGAUGCAGGAUCCAAGUGAUGAGAGUUCAAUCAUACCUGGUCCACCUUUCCUGUUUGGAGCAUGUGCAGUCCUUCUAGCUUUUCUGGUUGCCUUAUUCAUCCCUGAGCACAGUAAAGCCAGCAGUUCCCGGAAGCACAGCAACAGCAUCAGCAGUAUCCAGAGCAACAACCCAGAUCGAGGCAGCGAUGAGGACAUUGAACCACUGCUGCAAGACAGCAGCGUAUGAGAGUUAGAUUUUUCUGAUGUUAAUAUUGACUGCAAACAAGCAAAAUCCAUGCACUGAGCUCUGGAUUCAGAGCGUAACUUUACUGGAGGGAGCUUUUGACUUAUCAGAAGCUUUGCACAUUUCACCCACCUAAGGUACAUUGUGUAAGUGGCCACUGAUGUUCAAUCAAGGCAGAUUUCAGCCACUUACUGUGCUUUCUGAAUAACAGUCCAAAGUAGUUAUUUUAUGUAUCUGUGGAAAUCCUACCAAGCCCAAUACUGAACGUCGGAAUUAUGGAAUACAUUAUCUUCGAAAACACUGAGCACCUAAAUUCACUGUGAACAGAUCACAGCCCCUGCGAGAAGUAGCAAGUAGUCAAUUUUUUUUCCAUUAUGCCUUUCCAUUGGAUAUGUACUCCUUCGUAGCCCUCUUGGGUUUGGGAAAAUACUAUAUACAAAUAAAUGUUACUGAUAGAAAAAGUCUAUUAUGAAAUCUCUCCAUCAAUAUUUCCCUGUUUUUCUCUUAUCAUGUUGUCUAAAUAAAUUGAAAUAUUGCAUAACUAUUGAUGAAGUAUUGCAGGAGAACUUCAGGCAUUGAAAUAGAGGUUAUUUUCUUGUUUUUCAACCCUUAUGUCCAAAGACUCUUAAUGUACCAUGUAUAAAAAGGGCUCCAUUUGGAAUCUUAAAGGGGCAAAGACAAUUCUUUGCUUUUGGAAGGCAUAAGUUGCUCACUGAACUAGCUGGCAUCCCCAAUGUAGCUAGUUCUAACAAACUAAUUAACUGGAUGCUGAGGCAAUUUACAUUGACUUGUGUGUAUUUACUACAUCAUCUGUCACUUUUUGAUCUGCCAUAUGAAGCACUUCCAAACCUGUUGAUUUCACUCCUGCCUUAACUGCUAGUACACAUUUGUUAUCAUCUAUAUUUAGUCUUUAUAUCAAUCUCUGAAGAAUCUCAUGGAACUGUAAUUAUGAAAUGCUUCUCCAAAAGAGGCUUUAAAGAUGGUUUAGUUUCUACACAGUAUCAAGCUAUAAUUUUUGGGGGCAUUUUAUGAAAUUGCACAGAUUUCUAUGUAUUUUGCUGCAGUGGAAAAGGACCAUUACACAAAAAUCUAGCAAAGUACUCUUAUGAAUGUUUUAUAUGUAUUGAAAUAUAUGUAGAUAUUUGUAAGAAGUUUUACUUUUUCCAGAUGAGAUAAUGUGUAAAUCUUGUAUUUAUAAAUGUAAUGAGGAUGUUGACAGAUAUACAGCUUUUAUAAAGGAUUGUGUAUUGACUGACCAAAAUUUAAAUAUAUAUAUUUUGAAACUUGUUCCGCCUUAAGCAAAGAUAUCAAACCUUUUGUACUAUGCAGUUUGGUUUUUAAGUUAAUAAGCUUCCUAAUGCAUAAUAAAUUUGCAACCUAAAGUA